AUGAGAAAGGUGUUAACAUCACAAUGGGUGGCUUUUUGUCUGGGUCUCCUCAAUCUACUCCACACCCUCCACACACACACACACACACACACACAACAGCAGGGGCCGCGGUCAUCUCAGAGACUGACUCGAGCGCUCACAAUGGCAGACCAGAGUGGGAAACCGACUGAGAGUGGAGCUACUGAGGCAGUGCACGCUAACGGAGACCAGCAGACUGUAGUUGCACGAGUGGGGAACCUGCCUCUGGUGAGCUCUGCCUGUGGGGCUGUGUCCAGUGCUUAUACCAGCACCAAAGACAACGUGCCUUUGCUCAAAGGAGUGAUGGAUGUGGCGGAGAGCGGAGUUCGAACACUCGGAGCAGCAGCCACGACGGGCUCCAAGCCUCUGCUGGACUACAUUGAACCACAGCUUGCUACAGUGAAUGAGUAUGCCAUGAAAGGACUGGAUAAAGUGGAAGAGAAUCUACCUAUUCUUCACAAGCCAGCAGAUAAGGUGGUGUCGGACACGAUGGGCAUGGUGUACCAGUCUGUUGCAGGGGCCAAAGAUGCUGUGGUGGGGACGUUGUGGGGGGGCAUGGUCAGUGCAGUCAGCGGCGGCUUCAGCACCGUCAUGGGCACCAGUCUGGGACAGAUGGUCAGCAGUGGGAUGGGCAUGGCACUCAGAAGAUCAGAAGACUGGGUUGACCAGAACCUGCCACUUUCAGAGAGGGAAUUAGCUGCUCUGGCAGAACCUGCCAAUGGUGAGGUUUCGACGACAACAGCCAGUCCGCCUGGGAGCCCCAGCUACUUUGUUCGUCUGGGGAAGCUUUCUGCCAAGGUCCAAGAGCGUGCCCGGGAGCAAUCAAUGAUCCGAGCGCAACAGGCAAAGGAAGCCACCUACACAGCCAUGACCCAGAUCAGCAGCACUCUGGACUUGCUGGAGAAAGCUCGGAAGGGUCCUGGUUCUACCCCAGACCAGGCUGAUGGAGCAUCUGAGCAACUGACGCAACGCUGGACAGAGUGGCAACAGGUUCAGGCUGAUGCUGAGCACACCGAGCCAGAACCAGAACAGCAGCAGGGCAAAGAUGAGAAAGAGAAGCUUGAGUGGCAGGCCCUGUCCAUGGUGCGUGGAUUGAGUAACCAGCUGAAGUCCGCCUGCUCCAGUGUGGUGUCCAGUGCUCAAGGCCUCCCUGGAGCAGUACAAGAGCAGCUCAGCAGUGCCAUACAGUCCGCUGAAGAGCUCCGCACGUCUCUAGGAAACACCAGCUCUCUUACACCAGUGCUUUUGGAGCGCAGCCGCCAGCAUCUAACCCAGGUUCAGAAGUCUUUGGAUGGAGUGAUGGAGUAUCUCACACACAACACCCCUCUGAACUGGCUCGUUGGACCCUUUGCCCCUCAGUUGACUGAGAAAGAAGAUAAAGAUCCCAAGCUCGGCCACAGGUUUCGGCACAUCGAUCACAGGAAUAUCAUCUCCCAUCCCCCUCCCCCCUGUUGGAGCAUGGCUCAGGAGACCAAUCAGACACAGGUGCCAAUGCUUUGCACUAUGGGAUGUGGUUUCUAUGGCAACCCACGCACCAAUGGUAUGUGCUCAGUUUGCUACAAGGAACACCUGCAAAGACAACAGGGAGGAGGCCGGUCCAGCCCCCCAGGUGAAAAAGUUACAACAUCGCCCACAGGAUCACCAGGAUUGCCUGGUGUGACUGUGAAUGUAGAGAGCACGACCUCAGAACCCAUCACAGAGACGGAGCCCCCCGCAGGAACGCCCCCUGAGGAACAGGCCAGCAGUCCGAGUUCCCCCAGCCCAGUGACUCAACAGAUGACUGAGAUGAGUAUCUCUCAAGAGCCAGCACCGGUGGACUCGGACAGAGCAGAGGCUGAGGAGGGGGAGGAGGAGAGCACAUCGGGCAGCACAGAUCAAGUUGGAGAAACGGCACAGGCAUCAUCAGAUGGAGAACAAACGCCUGAUAAAAAUAAGAAGAAGAACAGAUGCUUUUCCUGCCGAAAGAAAGUUGGCCUCACUGGUUUUGACUGUCGCUGUGGCAACCUGUUCUGUGCCAUCCACCGUUACUCUGACAAACAUGACUGUCCCUAUGAUUACCGGAGCGCAGCCGCCGCACGCAUUCGCAAGGAGAACCCCAUUGUGGUGGCUGAGAAAAUUCAGAAGUUAUGA